AUGGGCACCACUGCCAAAUUGAUCAGGUUCGAGAUAAGUAAAAAUGUUGAUGCAACAGUGUAUAGAAUUAUGAUAGGUAGUUUACUUUACAUUACUGAAAGUCAUCGUGAUAUUUGUUUCAGUGUUGGGGUUUGUGCUAGAUAUCAAUCUGCCCCCACUGAAUUGCAUCUUAUUGUUAUGAAAAUAAUUCUCAAAUACCUGGCUAGUACCACUGACUUUGGUCUUUGGUACUCUUGUGAUACUAAUCUUUCUUUGGUUGGUUUUAGUGACUCGGAUUGGGCAGGUAACCUUGAUGGUAGGAAAAACACUUCAUGUGGUUGUUUUUAUGCGGGGAACAAACUUGUUUCUUGCCACACUAAAAAGAAAAGCUCCAUCUCUGUUUCAUCUGCAGAAGCAGAGUACAUUGCUGCGGGAAGUUGCUACACUCAACUUCUUUGCAUGAAACAAAUGUUGAAUGAUUAUGGGCUCUGUCUUGACACGCUGGCCAUUUAG